GUGUAGAGCAGUGCUUUUUUUUUUGAACAGCGUGUAGAGCAGUGCUUGUUGUCGGCUUAUGCUGAAGCUGCUGCAUAACGCUAACCUGACCGAUCAGUUUCCGCUCUGUUGAAAUCGCAGAAGACGUGCUUUGGAGCUUUGUGGCCGGAGCUGGAGCAUUCUUCCGAUGAUAUUUUGGCUUUGUCCCACAAGAUUCCUCUUUAUCGGACAGUGGUAGGGCUCUUCUACCUCCUUUUGAGAAUUGUUGGAUUUUUGAGGUAAGAAAAAAGGGUUGAGAGAGGACUUGGAGGAGAAGGAGAGAGGCACUCGGAGUCACCUCGUUUGGUGAGGUGAGAACCCAUUUUUCUUCAUUCAUCUUCUGCCAUUAUAUAGCAGAAAUCUCAUAAUUCAUAAACACUAAUUUCUACUUAAUGCAAUAAAAUUUUUCUACUUAACACAUUGACCAAUUUGUGCAACUCCAUGUGGCUGCUACUCUGCUGUUGGUGCAGUUCUCACUUCUUUUCAUUUGCUGCUACUGUUGCAGCUUUGACACCACAACUCCAACAAGAAUCAGCUAGAGUCUUCGAAUGGCUUUCCGUGUGCUCUUCUUUUUUUUCGUUUUAACUGAUACUUCUAUCUGUUCUUCCUUUCUCUCUUUCACAGGUUGGUUUGUUGAACUUGGAGAAUGAGGAUUUUGUUAUAAAACUAGUGUAGAAUUUACAAACUGAUUUUCAGGAUGCAUUAGAUUCUGGAAGUUGUAUACAGUUCGCAAAUUGAUGCGGUUUCUUACUGCUCUGUAAAGUUCUCCAACCUGCUUCUCUGGUGGUUUUCUUUGAGUCGUUAUUGUCAUCGGCUGUCACAACAGUAGAUAUGCAGUAUGGUUCUCCAACAGUGGAAGUCAACUAGCUAGCAAUGCUAGUAUCUUUUUCUUUGAAAGUGAUCUACAUCCAGGGAGGCUAAUUGAGUUGCCAGGAUUCACAAAGACAGACAACCAAGCUACUUUCCUACCUCGUGUGCCUUUUUCAAGUAACAAAUUCUCUGGCAUUUUGAAACUUUUUUCUAUGGACCCUAAAUCAGCGGGAGCCAAGGUGAUGAAAAAGAAUACUAAAGAUUGCAAGAGAGCAGCCAUAGAAGGAGAAGACAAGUACUAUGCUACAUCUUUAGAGUCCUUGAUUGAUCUUAGUGUUCCAGGCUAGGGAAAAAGAUACAGUUACCGUCAACUGAGGUUGAGAAGGAGACAAAAAUUGAAAAGUUCACUAUUGGCAAGGGUGUGAAGAACAUGGGAGAGAAGGACUAGUGUGUCACAAGUUGAAGUGCCCAUAUGCUGUGUUUUUGUGUCAUUCAAUUGAUAAAACAGAUGUCUAUAAGGUUCCCUUGAUUGGAGAGGUAGCACUGCUCAGUUUGAUCGACUAAUUGCUCAUGAAGUGCAGGUCUCACCUCUGCUGCCUCCGCUAAUGUCUAUGUUGAACUUCACGUAAAUUAUUUUUUAGUGAAGGAUUAUUGCACAAGGAGGAUUCUACCUUGAGGCCCAAACGAUCAUGAGAUUUGUCAAGUUCAAGGAAGAAUUAGCUCUUCUCCAAGGGCAUUUGUAGGAGAGCACAAGACGAUGGUGAAUUAGCAUUUACGACUAGGUCAUCCUUCGGUGAAGAUCCUAAAAAGUAUUGUUAUUAAUUAUCAUCUACCAUUGUCUAAUAAAAUGAGUCUUUAUUCAUGUGAAUCUUGUUCUUGCUCCAAGUCAUAAACUUCCAUUUUCUAA